AUGAGUAAAGGAGAGGAUAAAUUUUCAUCAGUUUUAAAAUUAACAGAGUUUGAUUAUAUUGUUCCUUCACAAAUAUGUAUUAAACCUGUAGAAAUUGAAAAAUCAAAUGAUUCUGGAAAUUCAAAAAUUCAAAUUGAGUCAGAUGGAAGGUAUGUUGAAAUUUCAGAAGAUGGAACUAAAAAAUCAUUAGAAAAAGCAACCAUCACAUUAAAUGAUUGUUUAGCAUGUAGUGGAUGUAUUACUUCAGCUGAAAGUGUUUUAAUUACAGCUCAAAGUAUUUCAGAAUUUUUGUUAAAUGUAAAUAAUAAUAAUGAUAGUAAUAAUAAUCAAGAUGAAAAGAAAACAAUUGUAAUAACAUUAUCACCACAAUCUAGAGCUUCUUUGGCUUCUCAUUUUAAAAUUUCAACAUUAUCUGUAGUAAAAAAAUUAAAAACAUUUUUUAAAAAAUUAAAUAUAAAUUAUUUAUUUGAUUCAAGUUUUAGUAGAGAUUUUUCAUUAUUAGAAUCAGCAGCAGAAUUUGUAGCAAGAUAUAAAAAAACAUAUAUAAAUAAUAAUAAUGAUGAAGAAACAGGUAAAUUAGAACCUUUUCCAUUACCAAUGUUAUCAUCAGCAUGUCCAGGUUGGAUUUGUUAUGCGGAAAAAACUCAUGGUGAAUUUAUAUUACCUUUUAUUAGUACUACAAAAUCACCUCAACAAAUUAUGGGAACAUUAGUAAAAUAUUAUUUCACUGAAAAGAUACUCGAUAACAAUACCAAUAAUAAUAAUAAUAAUAAUAAUAAUAAUAAUAAUAAUAAUAGUAAAAUUAAACCAUCAAAUAUAUAUCAUGUUACAAUUAUGCCAUGUUAUGAUAAGAAAUUGGAAGCAUCUAGAAAUGAUUUUUAUAAUGAUAUUUUUAAAACCAAAGAUGUGGAUUGUGUAUUAUCAACAACAGAAAUUUUAGAUCUAUUUAAAGAGAAAGAAAUCGAUUUUCUAUCAUUGGAAGAGGAUAACUCUAUCGAGGAGCAAUUCUUUCAAUUAUCACCAUCCAAUCAAUUCUAUAGUAUUAAUGGAUCAUCUGGUGGUUAUUUAGAAUUCAUUUAUAAAUAUGCUGCAAAAGAGUUAUUCAAUGUUGAUAUCGUUGAACCAAUUCAAUAUAAAAUCGGUAGAAAUCAAGACUUUAAAGAGGUUUCAUUAGAGAUUGAUGGUAAAAAAGUUUUAAAUUUCGCUCAAGCUUAUGGAUUUAGAAAUAUUCAAAAUAUAGUUAGAAAGAUUAAAACUAAUAUUACAACUAAAAAAGAUACAAACUCUCAAUAUGAUUUCGUUGAAAUUAUGGCUUGUCCUUCUGGUUGUAUAAAUGGUGGUGGUCAAAUUAAAUCUGAUGCUAUCAAAGAAAAUAAAGCAAUUCUUUUAGAUUCUGAAGAGAAAUAUAAUGAAAAUGUAAUCUUUCGUCAACCAAUCGAUAAUCAAUCUGUUCAAAACAUUUAUAACACUUGGUUAAAUGGUUGCUUUUCAACUGAUUCAAAAACAAACCUUCAUACUCAAUAUCAUAGAAUUGAAAAAACUACAAAUGCUUUAAAUAUUAAAUGGUAA